AUGCGAUCGAGAAUCAAAUGUCAUCUGGAAAAGAACACGAGGACAGUUCUGUUCUCAGCGACUAAGGCCAUUUCUGCGCUUUGUAUAGCUGUACUUGUUGACCGAGGUCUACUACGAUAUGAUGACGCUUUGGUGGACUUCUGGCCGGAAUACGGAUCCUACGGAAAGGAAAAUACAACUGUUGAAGUGUGCUGUCGCAUAAGAACAGCGAGUGGCUACCAUGCGGUGACUUUCGGCUUCUUAGUAGAUGGCAUCGUUCGUCAUGUGGAUGAGAAGCAACGCGAUCUGAAGACAUUUUUCUUGGAGGAAAUCGCACUGCCACAUGGUCUCUCCGUGGACAUCGGCGUGCGGAAAGAAGAAGCACAUCGCGUGGCUCGCAUAACAACCCCGUCCUUUUGGGAGUUUCUACGUGACUGUGUCAAAAACCCCAAACUGAUCGCCAUGCUUGGGAUAAUGUACGCUCGUUUGGACGACAUAAUCUGGAAGAUGCGUGAUAACACAAAGUGGCUGCUUAUAAAUUAUGAUACUGUGGCAGUCAACGAUCCAGAAGUUCUGGCGCUUCCGAUGCCGGCAGUGACGGGUGUAGCGAGUGCUCCUGAUCUCUCACGACUUUUUUCACUUGCCCUUGAUGGAUCGAUACUCUCAAACAGGACCCUUGAAAUGAUUAGCUCACCUACACUUGACAGUUGGCAUCUCGAAAAGGUUACUCUCUGGCCAGUACGGAAGGGCUAUGGAUUCUUCUACGAACGAAAUCCGCUCGUACCAGGUGCAUUCACCUUUGGUCAUCCAGGAUAUGGUGGCCAGUUUGUGCAUGUUGAUCCUGCGAAUCAUCUGGUGUUGGUGUAUCUAUCGAACGGCUUGAAGACAGGCACUGGGGAGCUAUGCACGACUUACAUGAGACUUCUUCGAGCAGCAUACAGCUCAUUGCAAGAGAGAUAA